AUGGACGCUAAGAUUAAUGGGUCUGUCGACGCGGCGGCGGAGCCGACAGCGAACAGCGUGUUCGGCAGCCCUCCGGCAGCGCACUGCGAUCACAUCGCACCUUCGACGACCGCGCCGGAGGCCAAUUUAGGCCGCCACCUCGCGCGCCGCCUCGUGCAGGUGGGUGUCCACGACGUGUUCUCCGUCCCCGGCGACUUCAACCUCACCCUCCUCGACCACCUCAUCGCCGAACCCGGCCUCCGCCUCGUCGGCUGCUGCAACGAGCUCAACGCCGGGUACGCCGCCGACGGCUACGCCCGCGCCCGGGGUGUCGGAGCGUGCGUAGUCACUUUCACCGUAGGCGGCCUCAGCGUGAUCAACGCCAUCGCAGGCGCCUACAGCGACAACCUCCCAGUAAUCUGCAUCGUCGGAGGCCCCAAUUCCAACGACUACGGCACCAACCGCAUUCUCCACCACACCAUCGGCCUCCCCGACUUCUCGCAGGAACUCCGCUGCUUCCAGACCGUCACUUGCUACCAGGCGGUGGUGAACAACCUCGAGGACGCUCACGAACUCAUCGACACCGCCAUCUCCACCGCGCUCGAGGAGAGCAAGCCCGUCUAUAUCAGCAUCAGUUGCAACCUCGCCGCUGUUCCUCAUCCCACAUUUAGCCGCCGGCCCGUCCCCUUUUCGAUCGCCCCAAAGUUGAGCAACGAGAUGGGUCUGGCGGCGGCGGUGGAGGCGACGGCGGAGUUCCUGAACAAGGCGGUGAAACCGGUGAUCAUCGGCGGGCCCAAUAUCCGCGUCGCGAAGGCCGGGAACGCCUUCAUGGAGUUGGCGGACACGUGCGGCUACCCAAUCGCGGUGAUGCCGUCGGCGAAGGGGAUGGUGCUGGAGCACCACCCCCGGUUCAUCGGCACCUACUGGGGCGCCGUCAGCACGGCGUUCUGCGCCGAGAUCGUGGAGUCCGCCGACGCAUACAUUCUCGUCGGCCCGAUCUUCAACGACUUGACCUCCGUGGGAUACACGUUGCUUCUCAAGAAGGAGAAGGCCAUCGUGGUGCAACCGGAUCGCGUGGUGGUGGCCAACGGUCCCGCCUUCGGCUGCGUGCUCAUGAACGACUUCCUCCGGAUGCUCGCCAAGCGGCUGGAGAAGAACACCACCGCCUACGAGAACUACCGACGUAUCUUCGUCGCGGACGGAAUGCCUUUAAAGUGUGCGCCAGAGGAGCCUCUGCGGGUGAACGUGCUGUUCCAGCACAUACAAAAGAUGCUCUCCGGCGACACCGUCGUCAUCGCCGAGACCGGCGACUCCUGGUUUAACUGCCAAAAGCUGAAGCUCCCGGAAGGCUGCGGGUACGAGUUCCAGAUGCAAUACGGAUCCAUCGGUUGGUCGGUCGGCGCAACUCUGGGCUAUGCGCAGGCCGCGAAGGGGAGGAAGCGUGUCAUCGCCUGCAUCGGCGACGGAAGCUUUCAGAUGACGGCGCAGGAUGUGUCGACGAUGCUGAGGUGCGGGCAGAACAGCAUCAUCUUCCUCAUCAACAACGGCGGCUACACGAUCGAAGUGGAGAUCCACGACGGGCCGUACAAUGUCAUCAAGAACUGGGACUAUGCUGCCCUGGUCGACGCCAUCCACAACGGAGACGGCGAGUGUUGGACCACCAAGGUGCGCUACGAGGAGGAGCUGAAGGAAGCGAUCGCGACGGCGCUGGGCCCGAAGCAGGACUGCCUGUGCUUCAUAGAGAUCAUCGUGCACAGGGACGACACCAGCAAAGAGGUGCUCGAGUGGGGCUCCAGGGUUGGCUUCGCCAACAGCAGGCCGCCAAAUUCUCAAUAAUCUUAAUAAAGCUCGAAGUGGGUCCAAGAAUUUGCUCAAAUAAUCUAGCUAUUUUAUGGCUUCAUCAGAUAAAUAAAAAUAAUGCAUGAUAUUUUAUAUCUUAACUAUAGUUCUAUAAUAUG